AUGUCUAGUGGCAAACCUCUAAAACGGUGCUCCGGUUUUUGGAUUGAUUGGAAUGAGGAGAGCAAAACCGGUAUUGUUUUGACAACUGCACAUCUGGUUUGCACAAGUUCUCCUGUCAACAUCUGGUUAGGCGGAGGAGAGUAUGCUUCUCAUGCUAAUGUUACUGUUCAUUUGCUAGACGGCACCAGUGCAGAGGGCCAGUUGCUCUACUACCAGCCACAUUACGAUCUUGCUUUUGUGAAGGUUAGAGUGGAUCAAUCCGUUCAGGUACCAUCUUUCCAUGAGGAAGUGAUGCUUGCUCAAGAGGUCUUUCGGCUAGGAAGAGACAAUAUGUUAGAUCUAAGGAUAACAUAUGGUAGGGCAGAAUAUCAGAAUUCAACAAUGUAUCAGCGGUAUCACAACAUGUACUUCAAUUGUACAGGUGAUGCAAAAGAUGACAAGGAGUAUGACAACGGGGGGCCAGUCGUUGACUUGGAUGGAAAAGUUGUGGGAAUGUCCAACAAUAGUAAGAGAGGGACUUUUAUACCUUGGUCUAUUUUGGUCAAGUGUGUGGAUUUAUGGAAGAAAUAUGAGUAUAAGUACAUCCCCCGGCCCCACCUUGGGAUGUCGUUUAAGGCCAUCAAGCUCCUUGAGCCUGCUCAUCUUGAUAAGAUAUGGCGUAUGUAUAACAUUGAUGAUGGUCUUGUUGUUCGCAAGGUGUCAAAAGGAUCUCAUGCCGAAAAAUUUGGAUUCCAAAGAGGUGAUAUUAUUGAAUGCAUCAAUGGAAAAUGUAUUUCUACAACAAUUGAGUUGGAAAAUAUGUUGGCGAGCAUAUGCAAGGGCUCCUCAGACAAUCUAAAUGACCUUAAUGUUGAAAUUCAUGUUUCUGUUAGGGUGUUUCACACGCUAAAAAAGCACCGAACGACGGGACAGUUGGCUGCAAAUGUAUCAGAUCUUGGAGAAGUUAUUAUGGACUGAGGUACACAUCUCGACUUUUAACCUAGUACCAUCUAAUAGUUGUCUAGAUCUAAACUACCUGUAAUAUGUAGACUUGUCAUCUUGUCGAUAUCCACAUGGCA